AUGGUCACUGAAGCUUUGAUUAGUUUGUCCUUUGGAGGUGCAAUUGGGCUGAUGUUUUUGAUGCUUGGAUGUGCCCUUCCGAUAUACAACCAAUACUGGCCGCUCUUUGUUCUGUUUUUUUACAUCCUUUCACCAAUUCCAUCCUGCAUAGCAAGAAGAUUAGUAGAUGAUACAGAUGCAAUGAGCAAUGCUUGUAAGGAACUUGCCAUAUUUCUUACGACAGGCAUUGUCGUCUCAGCUUUUGGACUCCCUGUUGUUUUUGCCAGAGCACACCUGAUCGAGUGGGGAGCGUGUGCACUUGUUCUCACAGGAAACACAGUCAUCUUCGCGACCAUACUAGGCUUUUUCUUGGUCUUCGGAAGCAAUGAUGACUUCAGCUGGCAGCAGUGGUGAAGAGGAAUUGCUGGACUCUCAAAAGAUGCACUCUGUCAUGUGUUGCCGUCCACGCAAAGGAGAUGGGGCAGUGUGCUGAGUAGAAGAGCAAGUCCUGGGAGUGUUUGAGGUGCUCCACUUUCACUGUCAGUCUAAGCAGACUAUUGUCACUGAGACCUGCUGAAGGAUUAAAAGCAUUUUUAUUUUUUUGUCAUUUGGAAAAGUUUGACUGAUUUCACACUUAUCUACAGUGCUUUUUUGUGAUGUCCUGCUGGAUUUAAAUAUUUAUGUCUUUCCUGUUCAGUUUUUGUUUUGUUUUUUUUAAUUCAAUCUACAAUGUUAAACAUUUUUUAAGAAUGUAAUAACCAUUAUCAUUGGUUAAAAUUUCAGAAUCCUGUUGGCUGUGUUAAUGGGUUCGAGUACAUCUUUUAAAAUUAUUUAACCUCCAUUAUUAUAAAAAGUUGCAAAAAUAAGUUUUCAGUCAGUCAGGGUGAAAUCACUCCCAACUUUAUGCAAACACAGAGACUGUUGGCAAAUCUUACAGAAUAAAUACUAAGUGCAAAUAUUAGUUGCAUUUAUACCUCAGAGGGGCAAAGUAUUGAUGCCCAUGCCCUCAAUAAGGGUUGAAGGUUUUACUAAUAAAUAGCAGGUGUUUUGUGAAUUGAAAUUAUUUUAUAGAACUGCUACAAAGGAGUGUUUUCCUUAAUUGUUAAAGGGUUUAUUGUUCAACUUGUAAGCGUGUGAAAACUGGUUUUUGAGAUACGGUUUUUGUUUCUUGUAGUUAAAAGUAGAAAGCAAGUGAAUUGCAUUGUGGGAAGAAACCAUUGAAAUUCCAUUUUUUGAAUCCUGUUUGUAUUUAUAAGUGAACUCUUCUCUUUUUUUCCUAUCAGCCUUUCAUGUUUUACCAUUGGUAGAAUGGACAUACAUGGAACUACUGAUGAGGGAAAGUUGUAUGUUUGCACCAAGAAAUCCUUUUCCUGAUUCCGCCUUUUAACUUAUUUUAUACAUUACAGAUAUUAAGGAAAAUAACUUCUCAAAUACAGGUUAAUAACACAAAACUAGAAGUGUUUAACUUACCUGGACAAUAAUUGCUAUGCCAUACAUUCAGAGUGCCCCGAGCCCCCGCAAGGCCUUGCCAUGGCUAACAAGAGAUUUGUUAGUCUUGCAGAUGCUUUAUACAUUAACAAUUUAAGGUUUAGACCAUGAUAAUUGUAGUUGUCCUUCUCUAAGGUUAUAUCAUAUGUAAUUUAAGAAUAUUUAGGACAAGUUUCCUGUGCAUCUCUCAACUAUUUUGAUUUUCCUCAUGAUAGGCUAGCUGUUUCUUUUAAAAGGCAUUUAUUGUGUGAAUUAAUGCAAAGUAGCCAAACUCAGCUGUAUAACAGCUUGAGACACACACUUGACCAAAAAUUCCCCAGUGCCCAGUCCUGCUCACAUUGUAGGCGUUCCUUGCAUCUCACGGUUCCCAGGGCUUUCCAGGGCGGGUUGUGACAAUGUUCAGUCGGUCUGACAGUAUUUUGUUAAGGGCGUGCGUUUGUAUGCUUAUUCACUGUCCUUAAAAACUGUUUUGCCUGUAGACAAAAUCAAAUAAUCAUGAGAGCUAUCUUCUGUUUUAUAAAGUUUAUUGCUCAAGAAAA